CGCGCCAUUUAAGAGAUUACAAAUGACAAGGGCAAGCAUCACAAACGUCUUUUUAUGGACUUGACUUUGCGUCCCGAAGAAGCUCAGGCAGGGUGGAUGAAAACCAACACGCGAGCAGUGAGAUUAUAUGGUCAUACCUGAAAGUCAGAGGGGUGUGGUGACCGCCAGUAUCGCUGAGGGAAGCCACGGAGGAGCCAAGAAAGUUGCAGCUGCCUCUUUGACAGGUGCAAGAGGAACGACACAAGCUCAGCUCAUGUUUACGAGGUCGCCAUUCUUGAGAGGUCCGCAGCCUGCCGUCUUCAAGCUGCCGUCUACCAUGACGACAUUACAAGCUGCACGGUGAGCCGCAGGAGCGUCACGGACAUCGUUACACUUGGCGUUGCCGCCAUCUUGAAGCAUCCCGUCAUGCAUCUGGAGGUGAAGGUUGCCCUCAACUUCAUCGUGUCCUACUUGUACAACAAGCUGCCCCGUCGUCGAGCCGACCUCUUCGGAGAGGAACUGGAGAAGAUCCUGGUGUCUCGCUUUGAGGGUCACUGGUACCCGGAGGACCCCCUUCGAGGUUCCGCCUUCCGCUGCCUCCACCUGGGCGCCCCCCGGGACCCGGUGGUGGAGUUGGCCGCAAAGAGAAGCGGCCUGGACACCGAUGAAGUGCGCGCCAACGUCCCUGAGGAACUCAGCGUGUGGAUCGACCCGUUUGAGGUGUCCUACCAGAUCGGAGAGAACGGGGCGGUGAAGGUGCUCUACCUGGAGGACCUCAGCGGCGAUGCAGCACGGCCUGAGGGGUUGACAAGCGACGCUAAAGGAGACGCCGACAUAGAAGAGACAAAGAAUCAGGGCUUCAAUCCAGACGCUCAGGUCUUUAUUCCCAUUGGAAAGCAGUCAUCUCCUUCAAUGAUGUCGUCGCUCUCCAGCUCGCCCACUCCGCCCAGCACUCACCCCUGCCCGGGGCUCUUUGGCUCGCCUUCCGCCCACUCCUCCAACACCUCCACCCCUUCUCCGCCCUACGCCGCACCUCAGCAGCCCGCUUUGCGUCCUCAACCCAUCACCUUUACCACGGCCGCCUUCGCCGCCACCAAAUUCGGCUCCACCAAGAUGAAGAAAAGCGGCCCGGCGGCAGUGCCGCCCGCCCCCGCCGCCCACUCUCCCACCGCCACCUUGGCUCCGGAGCUGCUCAAGCACAAGCCGCUGUCUCUGUCCAUGCACUCGCUCGGGGGUCCCGUCCCCAGCCAGCUGUCCCCCAACGCCAAAGAGUUUGUCUACUCCCCCGGUCCUCUCUACAUUGACGCCGAGGCCUCUUUUGACCCUUUCGCCAGCCCACCGCCACCAUCCCAAAGUAUGAACAUCAUGGGCGCCAACGGCGAGAUCUCCUACAUGGAGAAGCCGCCGUUUGUGGAGGCUUUAGGAAGCUACAAGCUGCAGUAUCCCAGCCGGGCCUUCCAGCCUGUGGUGCUGGCCAACUGAGCAUCCACUCCUUCCAAAACUGAACUUUCUACAAGGUUCCGGUCCCAUUCUGGGUCCUGAAGGGGUUUUCGCUGUUAGUCACGAAGGUUGUGCUCUAGAAGAAAAGAGCUCUGCAGCCUGCCGGGUUGUUUCUAGAAAGGGACAACUUCCAAUAAUUCAUCCCUCAGGGGGGGCUGCAGGAAGCCAAGGCUUUCUUUGCAUUUGAAGUACCCGGCACUCGCGUCUGGAUACCUGCAAGUAGCCGGCACUCGCGUCUGGAUACCUGCAAGUACCCGGUACUCGCGUCUGGAUACCUGCAAUUAGCGGGCACUCGCGUCUGGAUACCUGCAAGUAGCCGGCACUCGCGUCUGGAUACCUGCAAGUAGCCGGCACUCGCGUCUGGAUACCUGCAAGUAGCCGGCACUCGCGUCUGGAUACCUGCAAGUAGCCGGCACUCGCGUCUGGAUACCUGCAAGUAGCCGGCACUCGCGUCUGGAUACCUGCAAGUAGCCGGCACUCGCGUCUGGAUACCUGCAAGU